AUGAACCCUCCAAAACCGUUCCCAAUCCUCCGUCUACCGUUUCUCGCAAUUGAAGAAGUUUUCAAAGCGAUGCAUGCAUUCGAAAUCAUAAAUUUCUCGCUAAUCUCUAACAGGACCAAACAAAUUACGAAGAUGAUGACCGUCUGUCCGAAAUAUUCAGUUGCACUUGAUAUUGAUAGAAACCUGCAAAUAGACAUUCGUGCAACUAAUGAGACAAUAUCAUGCAUUUAUGUAAUGACAUCAGAAGAAAACAUAGACGGAGAAACUGAAGAAAUAGAUGAGGAUGGUUGUAUUAAUCGGAAAAUAUGUAAAUAUUCAAAGGAUCCUGUAGAAGAAUGGAAGCAGUUGAGUGUAUAUGUAUUGGAAAUAUUUAAAACACAGACGGUCGAUGUUUUCACAAUGUAUAUGGAUUUAUUUGUAGAUCAAAACAAAUCAAUUAUCGAUUUUUUGAAAACUAAUGUGAAAUCAAUAGACGAAUGUAUCCUAUCUCAAAGGAAAAAUGAAAUAAACGUAGAUGAGGAUUUCGCUUAUCUCUUGGAUAAUUUGAAAAUCAAUGAUAUGUUAUAUUCUAUGUUAAACAUUAAAGACGAUAACUUCGAUGGAAAAAUCCCAAGAAAUCUGAAGCACUUAGUUAUGGAAGACGCUUUUUGGGUUGGAUAUGAAAAGAUACUGGAAAUAGAUAGUGUCUCAGUUAAUGUUCAUAAAAAUCGAAUCUCGUAUAAGGACUGGAAUUUAUUCAUUAAGAAAUGGAUGGCAAUGGAAACUCAUUUGAAUCUGGAAUUAUGGGACUUUUGUUUCGAAUCAAUGGAAGAAUUCAGAGUACUAGCAUUGCAUGAUAUACCUCACGAAGUUGUCGACGAAAAUGUCAAGCGUACUUUGAAGAUUUGUUUCGAUAGUCCGAAAGAGAUAAACGGAGGGAUUGAUAUCAAACGCAUCGAUGGAAAGACUGCAACAUUCUCAGUUCAUCAUACUGAAUGGGGAGACAAUUUCUUCAUGUUUGUUCAUUGA